CAUCAGCUGUUUGGUGACCAGCUGAUGGCUGUGUUAGCAGUGGUAUCAGGCAGUAGCAGUAGCAGCACGGUCGGCAUCGGGCAUCUCCUUGUCUCUCCCAGGGGCCUCUAUGUCGAGACUAGUAGUAGAUAUCUUGCUUGCGCCUGACUGCGCUCUACUACGGCCGCUACGGGACUAGAGAACGCUCCGCCUAUGGCUAUCACUCGUUUUGUUCGACUGUCCUAUCUUUGUUUCGUGUCGUGUCCUGCGUCCGUCCUCACCCUGUAGUCGGGUGUUCGCCCUGCGACGCCUUCCCGAAACGGGUUUGUUGGACUUUGAGUUCUUGUCAUUAUCGACUACUGAAGCUGACCGCCGAUCAUCGUUCUUAAGCCAUUAGCAACUGCGGCGGACGCAGUGAGCAACGCUGAGCUACACUUGCCAAUGGCUCCGAGGGCGAAAGAGAGAGAGAAAAAGGGAAAAAGAGAACGAAGCUGUAGGGCCAGUAGCUUCUUCGUGUAAAUAUAUACACUAGUAUAGCUGUAGUGGCCAAGUUCGAACAGUGUGCUCGCGACCCAACAGUGUGCAGUGCGGAGUCAAGGACUCAAGUGGUGGGGCGGCCCCGGAUAGGCAACAACGCCAAAAAGCGUUUGUUCGUUGUUUGCCGUUGUUGUAGUAGUAGAAGUGGUUAUAUUGCUGCCGAUCGUCGUAUUAAUGGUGGUCAUUCAUAGCAGCAUCCCGGAAGAACGGUUAUUGUCGAUAAUCAUUAUAGUUAACUGAUGGCAUAUUGAAAGCAAAGGGAAAACAGGAGUCUGAUUUGAAAUUACGUGAAGGCUGACGAAAAGGUUUUGUCCGAAGGACUUACACAUAAACAAAUUCAAUUACGUGUGUGUGUGUGUCAUUGUGAGUGCGAUCGUUUCGGUCGUGUAACGGUGUUCAACAUCAUUUGUUCGAAAUUCGUGCGAAAAUGACCAGUUGUGUGGCUUAGAUGGCUGAGCAGGUUCCUACGAAACGGCCUCGUCUAGCUACGGGAGGUAUGGUGCCGAUUGGAGGACCAGGCUCCAUAGGUGGGUCGAGAUCCAGCGACAAACUUGAGACCCGCCUGGGACAGCUUCUCUGUUGUGCCGUUUGUCUCGAUCUGCCUCACAGCGCAAUAUAUCAGUGUUCGAAUGGGCACCUGAUGUGCGCCGGUUGUUUUACUCAUCUCCUCGCAGACGCCCGCCUCCGAGACGAAAGCCCAGCUACCUGCCCAAACUGCCGUACCAUAAUCUCGAGAGAACUGUGUUCGCGCAACUUGGCAGUCGAAAAAGCCGUAUGCGAACUGCCCGCUGAGUGUCAAUUUUGUGCGCAGCAGCUGCCGCGGAGCGAAAUUGCUCAACAUGAAAGUCGUCUCUGCGAUGAGAGGAAAGUGUCAUGCGAUUAUGCGAAAAUCGGCUGCCAAUGGCUUGGGCCAUACCAUGAACUGGAACGUCACAGAAAUGCCUGUACUCAUCCCAACAAAAGCGGGCGAGAGGUGCUGGCUGCUCUUCAACGGAUGGACGAUAAAGAAGCGCAACAGCUACGCACAAGCUCCACACUCUUCGAGUUGCUCAGCCUUGAGAAGCUUAUUUUCAAUGAUCUGCAAUUUAAGCCAUACCGUACCGACGAGUACAUCACUAAACUUUAUUAUGAGACUCAUCGCUUCUCAUCGUUCGGGCUACAGUGGGCGUGCAAAGCGUUUGUGAAUAACAAUCAGAAAGAUCCUCAGCUAUCUACCGAGCGUCAUCUUAGUUACCAGCUUGUACUUAAGGGCAAGUUACCAAGUCCGAUGACAAUUCACUACCUAGUGUUACCAGGCCCGUUCGGCGACGUACAGUUGGAGCCCCACGUAUAUCAACACGAGUUCUCGGAGAACUCUAUCGAGUCGCCAAUCCAGCCGUUAUUAGUUAAAGACUCACACGAGUGUAAUCGCCUUUUGUCGUCGAAGGUGAUUAACUUUCGACUAAUUAUGUUCCAAACGGCGACAACUCCGGCUCAGCCAAGCAAAUCCUAGACAGAUCCAGGAGCAAGAAUGGCACUCAGCCCCUUUUCCCCAGCAGUUGGAUACAAAAGCAAAAAACAUGUUGCGACCCACGAUCAUGCUAGCGAAUAGCAGCUGCGCAAAUAAAACAAAUAAUAUCUUUAUUAUUCUCUUAGGUAAUACAAUCACAUAUGUAAGCUAACAUGGUGAUGAUGAUAACGACCAUGUCGGUAGCAAUGAUGACGUAGCUAGAAUGCUAUGAUACUUCGAACAGACACAGGGGCAAAACACAACUGGGGGAAUGAACAACCGGGUAUAUUUUAGAACAAGUAGAACUCAUGUAUACUAGGCUAGAACAACAGGCCUGGAGAAUAUGGAGUAUGACGGAGCUAGCAAACACGAACGUGUCGUUGCCGCUACAGUCUGUGUCAGUACGAUCUUUCCUAAAUUCUGUUUUUCGAGCUAUUUUUGAACUAGUACUGGGAAAAAAUAGCUGCUUUCUUUGCCAUAACGACAUUAUUCAUAACAUCGUACGAGCGAAGGAAGAUUAAGUGUUGUUAAUGAACCAGAACUGGUCAUUUUCUCCGGUCAAUGAAUUAAUUUGGUUAGUGGAGACCACUCAUUUUUAGUUUACAGCACGUUUACGACGGAACACGCAGUUGUUGUGGCUCUGCAUUGCAUUGGCGAUCUUAUUAUAGACCAAUGUCGUAUGCGAGGAAAGUGAAAAUAUGCAGCCUAUUAUGUUGGGUUAGUGCUGAAUCGUAUUUACAUUAUUUUCCUUUCAAAUUUUCGAGCGAUAGUUCAAUUCAAACUUUUUCCUAAAAAGUGAUUGAAAAAGAUGCAAAAGGCCAAAGGGGAGAGGGGUGGCGAAAAUAAACAAUUAAGCGCUCUACCUUGUUCUAAUUACAAAUAAGAUAAGGACGAUAGCAAUAAACGCGUUUUGCAAAUUUAGCGGGAAGAAUUUUUGGCCGCUCACUUGUGCUACCAGAUGCUUGUGAGUGUAAAUGUUAUUUCCAUUUCUUGCCCCACUGUCGUGACUGAAGCGACGAUCUUGCAAUGGCUUAUGGCCCCGACUACAUACGACAAGGAGAAAUAAGUUCUGUAAGAGGACGCUGACAACAUGGCCAACACGUCCGUUGUUUGCUGUACUGAAAAACUUUUGCUUCUAGCCCUCAUCAAGAAGGCUGCACUUUGUCUGGAACUAAGCCGUCGAAAACUAAUACCGAAAAUAAAAUAAAGCUACUACUAAAUUGCUGGGCAUAGGCGAACCUUCCCUAAGAAAAUAACCUAGUUAACCUUCAAGUGUAUACAUUUAUUAUUAUCAUCAUUGUUGCUAGUAAACAGCUCAUUAAUUAUUCAGAUGUGAUCUUAAAAAUAAGUCAGUAUGUUAUUUAGAUGCCAGUCAUCACUGAGCGAGAUAGAAUACACUUCUCGAAUAGUCACCAAUGGUGAAUAUUCUUUUAUUCCUUAUCUUUUUUUUUUCUGUUUAUAUUACCCUGUUUAUGAACAAAUGUCGAGUGUCUUACAAGUAGUGAAAAAAAUAUAUAUGUGUGUAUAUAUGGAAGUAGAAAACGGUAGCAGCUUAUAAGAAGGUAAAUGGCAUAUAUCUAUAACCACUUUACUCAGAAGAGUUUUAGGACUAUGUCGCCAUUUCAUAACUUAAUAUAUAUAUACAGUAAUAAGAUAUUAAUCAUAUAAUUAUGUAAUAAUUAUACUAGGCGUACUGAGCUGUGCGUUUGACUCAGACUCAAGUGCUAGAUGUUUGAAAGUAUGUGAAGGUGACGAUUAUGAAUUUGCUUAUAAUGCCAAUGAUUGGCUGAUAAAUGAUAAGGCUGAUUAAUAAUUGAUAAUAAUGCUAGUGAGUAACCAGGAUAAGCUAUCCGCAGCAUUAACGUUACGGAAGAAAAAUAUCAGCGUAGAAAGCUUAAAUAUCCAACUCUAGAUUCGUGGACAAUAUAUGUGGCAGAAGAAACGUUAUAUAUACACGUAUAUAAUACAUAUGCCAUUUCGCCAUGUUAUAAAUAUUACCAUCAUGAGAUGAAUGGACUGAAGUGUGACUCGCCGAGAGAUUGUGUAUGCGUGCGUAGAAGUUCCGAUAGGCAAAGUACAGUAAACAAAGGACGAAUUUAGAGCAGCCUGUAGAAGAGACUUAGAAAUACAUCAAUAUUAUUAUCAUUAUUAUUAAAAUGUCAUUAUCAUCAACAUUCAUCAUUAUUAUUAGUAUUAGCAUUAUUAUAUUCAGCUUUCGAUUGUUAUACCAUAUAUGUAAACGUUCAGGCAUUAAAAAAAUUUACUGAUUAAACAACGCUUGCCUGACGAUGAGUGAUUACAAAAGCGUAGCUCGACUUCAAUCACGCAGUUCAACCUUGUUCGAGGGCAGCCCAAAAAAGAAGACCUCAAUGCGUAUUCUGGUCAUGCAACUACUGCUGUCAUAUUCUCUAGGUAAAAUAAUAUUCGUAUAUUGAGAAUAUGUAGGAGAGGACACAGCAGAAGUAUCUCCUAAUAUCUGUGUUGUCGCAGGUGGUAUAUCUCGGAACGUCAGAAUAUGGGCAUCCUUUUUUGACCUAUAUACGUCUAAUUUGACGUGCGUAGAUUGAUGUAUCUGCUUAAUGCGGAUGGACUAACGUGACCAGCGAGGUCAAUUAAUUAAUGGGAAUUAACGCUUCCUUCAUGGUAGUGUUUUUAUUUGCAAUUUCGAACCAAGUAAAAUUAUUGCGAUGUAUGUUUUUUAAUUUAAUGAAUUUUCAUUGUUUCCACAUAAGUUGUCUGGUGUGGUCAAUGACUGAAAAUUUCAUUCAAAAAUGGAAGCUGAUUUUUAAAAUUUCUUCUUCUGGUAGAAAUCCAAUGAGAUUAAUUAGUAGAUCAAUCGCCGUCUGAAAGAUGACGUCCUUGAGAAGCGUUUGCGUCAACCAUCAGUUCGCUACACUAUGGUUACUCGAUGUUUAAGUAGCCAGUCAAUAUAGUGGAAUCACACUAAAACUGCAGUAAAUUAACACGAUACUCAAUCACAAUGAGGGAAAAUGAAAGGGAGCUAGUUAAGAGUGGGUUUAGGACCUCAGAAGAGUCGGUAUACAGGGAUUUUAUCUUGGUUUAUAUAGGGUGUUUUGGUGAGACUUUCUAUGCGUAUUGGAGAAGCUUAUUUUAAAUUUAAUAUGUAAGGUUAACAUACCGGUCACAGGUGGCAUAGCUUGCUUUGCCAGGUCUUUUAGGAAAUACAUGUGGUAUGUAUGGAAUUUUCACAUUAAUGAUUUUUAAUGAUCUGAGUCUCUAUACAAUAUAAACCAGACUAGUCUCGUCAGAAGGCGCUAACCAAAUAUCUUUACGAGAUAGAGCUACAACAAGGUCUUCAAAUAACUAUUGAGAAAAAUAUCUCACUCAAAACAAGCACGCUUGUCUGUGAAGAUAGGCAAAGGCAGAUCGAUGUAACAACGAGGGUAAACAAUUUCAACGAUCGCGGAUAAUAACAACAACAACAUUCUGAAUUCUAAAGUAAGAACAAAAUCUACAGCCAGGUUAAUGGUUGCAUGAAUAAGCGAGUGUGCGUGUUCCUAGCCCCCCCCCCCCCCAGCCAAACCAUGAGGUAUUUAAACCAUUGCUAUGUCGCCACUAGGAAGACGACAUUGCUAUUUUAGACAAUAACAACGACACAAGAAUAUAAAAUGGUACCGAAAAGUCAGAGCAAGCUCAGAAAACAAAGUGAAAAAAUGAUUUAACCGAGAAGAAAAAUACGGAAGUCUCAGUUCACGCCUGGGUGCGUGUGAGCCUGCCUAUACCAGAAACGGGACGCAAUUUUUUAGGCAACAACGUCGAUUAAUGAAGUCGAAAUGAAGAACUGUGUCUACUAAACCCUUCGAGAAAUAGUAGGGCACACAGUAACAUUGGAACAGGUGCAUUGGGUCUUAGGAAUAACCGUGGCCUGUGAAAACGAAUUAUAGAAAGAUUAUGAUGCAGCGAAAAUUACUAUGAAAAAAAAAA